UUCGGACAAGGAUCACGCACCUGCUUAGGCAAAAAUAUUAGUCUCAUGGAGCUUUCAAAAGCUAUCCCGCAGAUAACUCGCCAUUUCGAUUAUCUUCCAGACACAACUUCAGGCGAGCCAGAGUAUGUCACAGAGAAUGUUUGGUUUGUUAAGAUUAAAGAGUUUCAUUGUAAGGUCUAUAAACGAAAUGCUGAGUAG